AUGAUUGCUGCUAUCACGCCUCGGGCAGCUGCUCGGGCCACGCUGCUCUUGCGAGGCGCUCUUACGGAUAGCCACGCCGGUUCGCGCGCGAUGUUUUCGACACGCAUCUCAGCUACUGCGAAUCAGGUCGGAAGAGCAAGCUCAUCGAGGUCCGUAGUUGCGCCAAAUCGCCAAGGAGCAGUAUUCUGCAACAGCCUUCCGCAGGCCGCACGCUGCUUCAGCUCCUCGCCAACUAUUCAAGCCAGCUCGUCGGGUCGCACCACGGUCAAGGAUCCAGAGCCACAAACUGGUCUUUACUACCAUCCUACCGAGAUCAGCGUUGCGCGCGGACCGGGCGAGCCUGCCGAGACAGUGGAAGGCUGGGCGGUCUCUUUCCUCUCGCAGCCAUCCGCGAAUGACGACGCGGCCAUCGCCUUCAUCUUGCCGACCACGUCGUCGUCUUCGCAGGAUUCCGAGCCGGCCGACUUUGUGCGGGCCAACCCCGACAGGAUACGCAUCAAUCCUGCAGGCUGGAAGAUCAUGCACGACGUGCUGAAGAACGAGGUGGUACCCCACGACGAUCUGCUCAAGUUCGAGGCCUCGACGCGAGAGAGCGGCUGGGCACAUCUGACGGACCUCCGACACCCGCUCAUGCCCGGUCGCAUCGCUACGCCGGAGAACAUCAUCGCCUCGGUCGCUUUCACCGACGGCACGCUCAAGGUGGACAGCUACGAGAUCAACAACUCGUACAGGCUCGUCACGGGCUACGAGGGCCCCAUCCAGAUGGCCGACUCUUGGAUCGCCAAGCUCCGCAGCCGAUUCGAGAAGCUCUAG